UUUGCACUCUGAGCUCUCGACAGCGGCAGUUGUCAUGGAGAUUGACUUGGGCCCGGCGUCGUCUCCAGGUACCGUUGCCAUGGGGACUCGGGUCCGGAACUCGCUCUCCGCGGUAGAGGAGGAUGAGGGCGAGGAGCUGCACCGACACCGCAGCAAGCACCGCGGAAACUUCUCCAUGCUGAUAGUGAUCGGGGACAUCAGCACCGACCACCAGCUGCAGCUCGCCAAAGAACACAUCGAGCGCGGGAUCUGCUCCUGGAACAUCAGCCUUGAAGAAUGUGAUCUGGACAAACAGCUUCAGCUCUUCAUAACUAGACACUCCGCCCAGUUUUCUGCAGAGGUCAAAGGGCAAAGGACUCUACACCACAGAAGUGAUGUACUUGAAACAGUUGUUUUAGUCAAUCCAUCUGAAGAUACAGUUCUUUCAGAGAUCCGGUCUCUUGUGUCUGACCCAGCUGUGCACAAACUACUGGUCCUGAGUGGGCAGAACUCAGACCAAGGUGACCUGGUUCUUCAAACUGGGGUGUUUACUCAUCAAGCUGUCUCACGUGUCUUGGCUGAUCCUGGGGUUGUUAACCUGCAGGAAAAAGCAGUCCCAGGGCAGCGGGCAACACUCACCGUGUCUUGCCUGGCUGAGGCAGGUUGGACAUCACUGGGACAAAAUUUGAGGGAGGUUAUGGACUUCAAAUUGAAUCCAGAGCCCAUACUCCCAAAAAUGGAUGGUGUCACAGAGUUCACAGAAUACAUUUCUGAGACUGUAGAUGUCCCAUCCCCAUUUGAUCUGCUUGAGCCACCCACAUCUGGAGGAUUCCUUAAGCUAUCCAAGCCUUGCUGCUACAUCUUCCCUGGUGGUAGAGGGGAUUCCGCUCUGUUUGCAGUCAAUGGCUUCAAUAUUCUUAUUGACGGUGGCUCUGAGAGAAGGUCAUGCUUCUGGAAGCUUGUCAGACACUUGGAUCGUAUUGACUCCAUUCUUCUCACACACAUUGGUGCUGACAACCUCCCUGGAAUAAAUGGACUGCUUCAAAGGAAGAUAGCAGAGCAAGAGGAAGAGCAAUCACAAGGCUCGACUACCUACAGUGACUGGAUGAAGAACCUCAUCUCACCAGAGCUUGGAGUUGUGUUCUUCAAUGUACCAGAGAAGCUGCGCACAUCUGAAUCAAACUUAAAAGUCAAGCGUAGUAUUGAAGAGGCCUCUCUGACUUUGCAGUACCUUGACAAGCUUGGAAUGACACCUGAACCUCUUUUCCGAGUAGUUAGUAAUACAAUUGAACCAAUCACUCUUUUUCACAAGAUGGGUGUGGGCAGGUUAGAAAUGUUUGUCCUCAAUCCUGUGAAAGACAGUAAGGAAAUGCAGUUUCUUAUGCAGAAGUGGGCUGGUAACAGCAAAGCGAAAACUGGGAUUGUUCUUCCCAAUGGAAAGGAAGGAGAAAUAUCUGUGCCGUACUUAACUUCUAUUACAGCUCUUGUAGUGUGGCUUCCUGCCAGUCCAACAGAGAAGAUUGUUAGAGUUCUGUUCCCUGGCAAUGCUCCACAGAACAAAAUUCUUGAGGGGCUCGAAAAGCUAAAACACCUGGACUUUUUGCGAUAUCCAGUGGCUACACAAAAGGACAUCGCUUCAGGGGUCUCACCCUCUGUUAUAAAACAGCCAAAAUUAAAGCAAAGGGCUGAGAGCAAAGAAAGUCUUAAGUCAUCUCCCAAGACACACACACCUACCAAGAUUGUGAAAAAGGAACCUGAAGAAGAAGACACAUCUAUUCUUGAGACAAAGACUGAACCUGUCAAGGAGAUCAAACCUGAGAAGAAAGAGGAGAAAAAACACACUCGACCAUUGAAACCAAAAACUGAGGUAACAGAAAAGAAAAAGUUAUUAAAGGAGAAAUCGAUUAAAAAAUACACCAAAGAAAGAGCAACUAAAAUGGAUGAGAAAAAGGACAAGGAAAAGAAAGAGAUCAAGAAAGAAAAACAUGAAAUAAAAAAAGAUGACUCUGUGAAAAAAGAUGAGAAAAAAAUAAAGAACAAAGAUGUUUUAAAACCAGAAUUGAGGAAAAUAACCAAACCUGAUCUAAAACCCUUCACACCAGAAGUCAGAAAGACUCUUCACAAGGCAAAAACUCAAGGGAAACCCAAAACAACUAAGAGCAAGACUACUAAGGUAGAGACUAUUGCAGAACCAGAUUCCAAGAAGGCUGAGUCUGAAAUGCAAGAGAAUGAAACAGCAGAGGUUAGAUCUGUUCCCUCAACUCCAGAAGAUCUGACAAAAGAUUUUGAGGAGCUCAGAGAAAAUGACAUGCAGAUAGAUCAACCUGAGCCAGAGGAAAUUGCCCAUGCACCUUCAAAAAUAUCACUAGAAGAAGAACUUGGACCAAUUCCUGACACUACUGCUGAGAGAGAGGAGGUCCUUGAUUCUCAGACUGUAAGAGAACCCCAGGAACCAAGAUCUCAAGUUAAGGAAGAAGCACUAGUGCCAACUGAGAUCAAAGGAGAACCUGAGAAAACUACAGAUGAGUGCCAGGUACAAGAGGGUGAUAAAUUUGAAGAUGAAGGGACUGCUAUAGAGGAUGAAGAGGAGGAAGAGGAAGAAGUGUUGACAGUUGAGAAGAAGACAGUAGAAGAGGAAGAGGACAUGGGAAUAGGGGAUGAAGAAGAUGAAGCGAUGGUAAAGGACACUAAAGAUAUGGAGGGAGUUGACAGAAAACAUGAAGUUGAGGAAAUGGAAAAACACAAAAGCAGGGAAGAGCUUACAGACAUAACAAAGACAGAAAUUGCGGAAGAGCAAACUGAAGAUGAAUAUGUAAUUGAAAAAGCUGAGCUGGAGGAGGCAGAAGAUUUGGAUGCCAUUGCAGAUGAAGAAAUCAAAGAUGUUGCUGAUGAAAAAGUUACAAAGGAAUGGGAUUACAAGACAGGGGAGGAUACUCAGGCAGCCAAAGAGGAAGAGGUUGCAUCCAAAGUUCAAGGAGCUGCUGCAGCAGAGAGUUUAUCCUAUAUUCAGGAUGAGACCAUACCUGGUUACUCAGAAACUGAGCAGACAAUCUCAGAUGAAGAGAUUCACGAGGAAGCAGAGGAUAGAAUACACCACCUUCAAUACGAAGUCAGCACAUAUGAUGUCUCCGUACCAGAUAAACCAGGUUCAUUUGAUACAAUCCAUGGCAUGAAGGAGAUGCAAGCAAUGGGUGAUGAAACAGCAAAACCAUUUAUGGGUAUGCAAGAACCUGCUAUUUCUCUGUACACCAGCAUAAUUGCUGCUCCACUGGCAGAGGAGGAACAUGUUUCUUCAGCAACAUCCAUCACUGAGUAUGAAAAAGUGUCCUCUUUUCCAACCUCUGUUACUGAGGAUCAGUCAGUGGCAUCUGUCACAGCACCUCAGACUGAAGACACUGGAAAGAGCUCACUAGAUUUGGACACAGUAAACAUUGUACAGCCCACAACACAAACAGAAGCUACUCAAGGAAAAGACUACUUACACUCCGCUGGAACCAUCUCGCCAACGUCUUCCCUGGAGGAGGACAAAUACUUCAAAUCACCUCCUUCAGAGGAAUGUCCACCACUUCCCCUGGAGGGGAAAACAGAAGAACUCAAGACCACUGCUCACCAUGAUGAAGAUGAGGAGGAUGAGUAUGAAGAUCAAACACCAAAUAUUGACAUUUCACUUGGAAAACUACAGGAAGGAUAUGCUGUAUCCCAGAAACUGGAAGAGAAAGCCAAAGAAAGUGACAAGCCCCAGAGCCCUGAACCUGCUGCUUUGGAGUCCACACUGGACGAAAAAUCAUUGUCCUCACCUGAGCUGGAGGAAAGAACAGUCUCACCAAUUAGAGAAGAUGUAAUUUCUAAGCCAGUAGUUUCAGAUUUGGGUGGUUUUCCAGAGCCUGAAGAUCGAUGCUUCAGUCCGGAUGACAGCACUGUGAAAAUGGCCUCUCCUACUCAAUCUGGACCACCUAGUGCCACCCACUCCCCUCUUCGUCUAUCACCAGUGGAAGAUAAAGCCAAGAUGUUCCCUGAACAGUUGCAGCAAGAACAGGAGAAACUAGCGUUCACCUCAGAGCUUAAAACUGAUGAAAGUGAAAGAAUGAAAGAAGUGAAAGAAAUGAAAGAAAUUGAAGUGAAAGAAGUGAAAGAAGUGAAAGAAAUUGAUGAAAGAAUACAAACUGACAAGGCAGAAGAAUACAAAUCAGACUCCAUUGCAAAAACUGAUUUACAGAAUCAGGAACAGAAGGAACAGUCUUUGGUGAAAGAGGAGGAAAUAUCUCAAGACGCAAAGUUGUCCACAACUGUAACAGCUCCAAUGACAGCAGAGGAGGAGUUUUCAUUGAAAAUGGAAAAUUUAGCAGCAGAUCAAGAUGUAAUCAAAGUAGGAGCAAAGACAAUUGGAGAUGAUGAGGAUAAAUAUCAAGACAUUUUCCAAGCCAAAACUAAAGAAGAAGGAGAAGGUGUGUCUCUUGAUGAUCGUGAUCAUCAUGAUGAAACACUUGGGGUUAAAGAUGAGAAAAGAGAAAAAGAAAAGGAGCUUUAUGAAGAUGAGAAAGAAAAGGAGGAGAAACAAGAAGAUUAUAAGCAAAUAUCUCUCCCAGAGAUAGAUAAAGACACAGAUGUAUCAAUAUUAGAAUCUAAAGAAAAACAAGCAGAAAUAGUACAGCAGCAAUAUAUAAUUUCCGAAUCAGAGAAAAUAGAUUUGCUUCCUAAAGAGGAUGAGGUGUCUCAAAAAGUGUGUGAUAAGACAGAAGGCGACACUAAGCAAGAUCAAGAAUCUAAAUAUAAACAUGAUGAGGAAAUUCAGCCUCAAGUUUUAGAGUCAAAACCAGAAAAGGCUGACUUCCCUAUCAAACUGGAUCAUGAAACGAAAGAGACAGAUGUGGUCAGUGAACAAGCUCAAGACUUACAAGUAUUACCACAUACACAAGUUGAAACAUUGGAUGAAUCUUUGACAAAAGAUGGAAAGAAGGAGCAACCUGACGGUGUAUUGACAGAAAAAGUAGAUAAAUUAGAUGAGAUAAAGGACAAAAAAUUAGAAGUUACUGAAACUGUAACACUGCAGUCCACUUUACAAGAUAUUGAUGCAUGUCAUAUAAUUAAAGAAGAGUCUAAAGAAGCUGAGAAAGAACUCAUUAAGCCUCAAGCAGAACAAUUAACUUGGGAAACAACAGACAUAACCUCUAAAGAAGGUGCGGAUGAGAGACAUUCCCAGACAUCAUUGCUAGAAGACAAAACAAAACUGGAAGAAGAAUGCAAAGAAAAGACCAAGGAAGACAUGUACUCUGAAGUACUGCACCCAGACUCAUUGGGACGUGUUUCUCCAAUAACAGAUAAACAUGUAGUGGAGACUGAGUCAAUUACAGAAUUAAAAGAUACAGUGGUAGUAACAAAACAAGUUCAAGAAUCUAAGGAAGACCAAACAGAACAUAUACACACUCUGGAUGAGACACAUUUAUCAUACAAAAGUGAGGAGGACACUACAAAGAAGCCUGUGGAGGAAAAAAUGGAUGAAUCACUAAAAUCUGAAUCUAAAGAUAAACAUAUAACAGAAAGCCAGCCUGAAGUCCUCCAGGUACCCUCAGAGGAAAAACAUUUAGUGGUGAAAGAGGAUCAACUGGAUAAACAUAAGGAGGAAAUUGGACCUCAGCUUAAAUCAGACAUAACAUGCAAACAUGAUGAAGAAUCCACAGAGAAACAUGAAGAGGAAUCCCAAACUAUAGCAGAUCUUAGUUCAGAAAAGACAGAAAUACUUUCCAAAGCAGACAAAUCAGAUCAAUCUAAAGAUGAAAAGCUAAGCACAUCUGAAACACCCACAGAUAAAGAUAAGAUUGGGGAAGACAUUAUGCCAACAGAAGCAGUCCUGGAAAAAGGUGGUGUUUCACCAAAAGCUGAUCAUGAACCCAAGGACAAAGAUACAGAAUAUGACAAAUCCAAAGCCUUCGAACCUAUUUCUGAGAAAACUGAUUCAGCAGACAAUGAAGCUCAGUACUCCAAAGAGAAACAAGAGAUUCAAAUGGAAGAAGUUCACAUACCCACGUCCACUUCAGAAAGAACAGGUGUAACUGACAAAGAUGAAGAAACUGAAGAGCUACACAUACAAGACAGUAAAACACAAGAUCUUGAAUCAUCUUCUCAAAGGACAGAUGAUAUUUUAAAAGUGGCUCAAUCUGAAAUACCUGAUGAAACAGUCUCUUCAAAACCUGAAUUGGAAUCCAAAGAGAGUCCCAUAAAAUCAUUAUCCGAGCAAACCCCUUUAUCUGGAUCAGAUAAAAUAAUGGAUUCAAAACUUGAUUUACCAUUUAGAGAAGAACUUAGAAAGGAGGAUACUCCCAAACCAGUGAUCCCAGCACCACUGGAUCAAGAGCCAGAGAAAUCAGCUCUAGAAGAAACAAAACCAAUUUCAGUGUCAAGCUCAGAGACAGAGGAUGUGGAAGAUCAGACAGAUCUUAUAGAUAGAACACAACAACACAGAGAUGACCAGCAUGUGUUAACCUAUGAAACGGAGACCUUCCUGUCAGUGUCAGAGAAAAUGGACAUUGGUGCUAAGGUGAAUUUGGAGUAUAAAGAAAAGUGUCUUGAGGACAUUAAAACUGGAGCUUUAUUUUCAGUAACGGAAAAAACAGAAAGUAGCAUAAAAACAUCACCGGGCUCUGAAUUUCCAACAAAGUACUCAGAUAAUGAAGAAAGUACUGAAGAAGAUGAAGGAGACGCCGUCUGCAUGGGGGGUGCAGGUUCAAGACCUUUGUCAGUAGAACCACGGGUCUUAGAGGAAAGUAAGGAAAGUUUCACUGAACAAAUCCCAUCUACAGUAGGUACUUUAAAAGAUGAAUUGGCAAGUCAGUUAGAUGAAGACUUAACUAAGAUUUCACCGGAAUUAGAGAAAGACAGCAAGGAGCCCAAGACCACAUGUAUUCCGAUAUCUCCUUCAGAACAUAGUACUACGGCUUCAACACUUGAGCUAUCAACUCCUGCGUCCAGUCAGGCAAGUGUUGAGGAGUUAAAAAAGCCUGAAACACUGCCUUCUUCAACAGACAUUGUUAAACCUGAGAAGGAAGUGCAGAGAGAGAUGGAAAGAGAGCGAGAGAUGGUCUCUCCAGUGUUAGAUACAUCCUUGUCAUGUUUUAAAAAAGCAGACAGUUUUGAAAAGACUGCGGAUGAAAAGACAAAAACAGAAAAAGAGAAAAUGGAUGACAGCAGCACCUAUCAACCAGAAAAAUGGAGCUAUGAAGCUUCUAAAUAUGAGCCUUAUGAAAAACCAGUCUCUGAGGAUCUUGAAAAGGACAGAGAGGACAAAGACAAAUUUUCUAAAAUGAACCUUGGCAUAAAUGUAGGUGACAGUAGAAGGGCUAGCCAGUCAUCUCUGCAGGGGGCUGCAUGCCAAAUAGAUGAACAAAGUGAUGAAGAACCAGUAUCAUUCAGCAAGGUUGACUAUGACAUGUCUUUCUCAGAGAUGAAGACUAGUGUCCUUAGUGGACCUAGUACCUGCUCUGAGCAAGAUAAUAAGGCGAGUUACCAAGAAGAAGAAGCAGAUAGAAUGAGAGUAGAUGCAGACAAGAGUUCUGGCAGCAAAAUGACCUCUAUAGCUGGAAUAAGUUCAUUUUCUUCCAGUGAAGCCCAAGACAAAUCAGAGAAAUUAGAAAGAGAAGAGAAAGAGAAGGAGAAGGAACCAGCCAGCCAGGACACAUGUUCUUCUCUCCAUAGAGAAGAAGAAAAAGACACUUAUUCAGAAUUGUCAUCAAAACUACCUUGUCCCUCUGCCUCCAGUCUGCCACAACCUGAAAAGUUAGAUACUGCCAAAGAGAAAGAGAAGGACGUAAAGAUAGAUGAGACAAUGGCUACAUCACAUGAACAGGUCUGUGAUCAUACUGUGACAUCUCUUCAAGCUGAGACUCAUGUAGAUGUUAUGACUUCCAAACAUGGGCAAGUUUCACAAGAUCAGAUAAGCUUAAAGACCACAACCAUACAGUCACUCUCAUAUCAGACUGAGAUUAUACCAGAGAGUCAGACCAGAACAAGUGAAGAUAAGAUGGACAUAAAGUCAGCAAAGCAAGUAGAAGAACAUUCAACAGACAGCGAAGAAGACCAAAUUACACCACCGGAGAAAACUAUCCUGCCUGAUCAGUCAGCUCAUGUAGGUGUAGGCAGCCAUGUUUCUGAUUCAUCUCCUGAGGAGCAGCAUGUGCACGACAAUGUCCUUGCAUCAGAGUGCACAAGUAUUGAAAGUUCCCUUACCAGCAAAUCACAACAGGCAAGUAGAGAGACAGAAACAUACCCAGUCAAAAGUGAACAGAUUUUUGCAGAAGAAGAAGGUGAUUAUAAAGAUGAGGAUGAGGAAGGUGCAGAGGAUGAGGCCAGUGAUUUGGGUAUGGAAAAAGGUGCCAGAGAGAUGUCUGAGAAAGAAUCCAAAGCUGCAUCUGAUGCAAUGGAUUCUAAAUCAAGUGAGAAAAAACAAGAGCAGCCAUGUGUAGCAGAAUACUCUUCUAAUAAAAACCAGAAGGAGGAUGUUGUAUCAGUAGCUUCAAAAGAUCCUUUACAGGGGGAGACAGCUGAAUCAUUUACUAAAGACAUUGUUAAAACCUCUGGUGAGACAGUUACAACAGGUCUUACAUCUACACAUGAAAUGCUAAGCACAGACAUUUUGCAGUUAAAGGAAAAAGACAGCAGUUUACCACAUCCUGAUCUAAGCAAGACUAGUGAGCAUAAACAUGAAUGUGAGUUAGAGAAGUCCUCUGAUAAAAAACACGAGGGAGCAGCUGCUCAAACUGUCAUGUUAGAUACAACUCAUUCUUCGUCCUCUUCAUCAUACAGUUAUUCCUCUUCGACCUCUGCCUCAUAUUCUACAGGUCAACACUUUGGUGAGGGACUUUCAGAGACUCCUAUUACUAUUACCAGUGCUCAUUUGAGGACUGAUGCUGACAGUAUAUCAUAUGAGUAUUCUUCUUUCAAAGAAGAGGAAUCUCUUGCAAUAGAUUCAUCCUAUUUAAGCUCUGGGGUACAGUCAAGAGAUGAAGCCGUGGAAGGUUCUGAAAGGCUCACAUCUGCAACAGCUGAGUCCGUAUCCAGUCUUGCAAGGUUUUCUCCACUCAGUCCACUGGAGGAGACCAAAUCUUUCCUUCAAGACCAGGUAUCAUCAGCAGAGGAAAAGUCAGAGGAAGAAUUAGCAAGUAUUAAAUCAGACAAAGAUCAGCCAUCUGAACAAAAAGACAUGUUAUCAACUGACCCACAGUGCUCAAAAGCCCCUGAUUCUGCCAAAACUGCACCUCAGCAGCUUGAAGUAGCUUCUGCUUCACCGGCUAUGUUUGAUAUUGCUCCAUUAAAGAAAGCUGAAUCAUCAGAAAAACAAUCCCACGAAGAAUCUUCUGACAUUGAACAAGAAGAAGGGACUUUACCUUGUAGAAUUGAAUGUGACCGAAUUGCACCCCAUGAUCAGAAAGGAAGCACAGAGUUAUUGCCUGGACAACAUGCUGAUGUCACCUCAACCAUGCACUCCAUUCAAUCUAAUUUGGAGAUACAGUCACUACAUUUGUCAGUAGAACAGUCAUCCAAUGGGCCAACAGAAGUUUGUACAGACUCCCAUGUAGUUUCAAUUAAAGCAGGCGAAGUUGGCACCAUGUGCCUACUGGAUCCAAAACAGACAGAGGUGGAAAAAGAGAAAGAAAAGAAGAUAGAUCAUGUAAAGGAUCAUGAGGUAGCUUGUGCUCCAAAAGAGCCAGAAGAUCAAGCAGACCAGAAGAAGGACAUAAAAGAAGAGUUGAAGGUAGAGGAACCCAUCCCAGGAAAAGAGAAGAUGGAUGAGAAGAAAGAGAGAAAAGAGGAAGAGCAGAGUAAGGAGGAUGAUAAAAUGGAAUAUGAAAAGAUUGAUAUGAGAGAAGAGAAGCAAGAAAUGCAAGUUAAAGAAAAAUCUGAAGAAAAGAAAGAGAGUAAAGAAAUGGGUGAUUUCAUGAAAGAAGUAAAAGAUGAGUACAAAGAGAAAGAACAGAUGGAAAAGGUCAAAGAAGAAUCUGAGUGCAAGACAGAGGAGAGAAAGCAACCAGUGAAGGUAGAUUUGCCAGAAAAAGAUACCAAGAAAACAGAUGGAGAUGAGUCAAUUCAAAGCACCUCCGCCUCGGAGAUGACUCAGGAGACUACUACAGGUUCGACAGCUAUACCUGACAGUACAUUGGAUGUGUCUAAACAUCUGCAAGAAGAGAAAGAAAAGAAAGAACAGCUGGAAUAUGACUUAAAAGGGCAGAAAGAUCUAACUGUAUCUCAUUCAAGUGAACAGACCUCUAAGCCCUCUACCGAAUCAGAGGAAGAUUUUACUCGACCUUCUGAACUCAGCAUGGAAGCCAGCUCCUCUCACUCACCUUCACUAUACAAACAUCGCAAAGGAGAACUUUCUCCAUCAUUCAUUAAUCCAAGCCCUCACCAUUUAUCCAGUGAGGAGGAAGAGGAGGACGUCAGAAGUGAUUGCUCAAAGGACGAUGAUUUUGAUGAUGAACGUGAACAACAUUCUGUUAAAAGGAGAUCUCACAAACAACAGCGUCAUCAUUCUCAUAGCCACCAUGGAGACAGCAAGGAAGGAAUCCAUGCUCCUGCUAGUGGCAUGGCAAGUGGACAUGGAGUAUCACUUGCAGGAGAAGAAACUCCUCCAACCUCUCUGAGUGAGUCUCUUCCUUCUCAGUCUGACUCAGAUGUACCACCUGAGACAGAGGAGUGUCCAUCCAUCACAGCUGAAGGAAACCUUGACUCUGAUGAGGAUGCAGAGCAUUUACCAGUGGACAAGAUGUCAGCUACUUGUGGAAGUGGAGGUGGUCUCCACUCAUCAUCUCCAAGGACCCAUGAUCCUCCACCUGCCCCGAUGAAAGACCCUGUGCCUCAGCCCCCCAAACCUGAUGUGUGCAUGGUAGACCCAGAGGCUGUUUUAAAUGGGCAAAGCCACACAGAGAGACCUAUGAAGAAAGAGCUUAAAACCAACAAAGGGUUGAGAAAAACUCUAGGGAAGCAAAAGUCUGCAUCUCCAGCACGUAAAGGUGAUGGAAGGAGCAGGAGAUCCACAACACCUGUAAAACAGACAUCCAAGGACUCCUCACCUCAUGCCCCUUCUAUUAAAAGAUUAGAUUCUGAGAAGACCCUCCGUGUGUCUCGCACGUCUGAGACACAGGGUUCUAAGGGAGACAACUAUCCAGGAAAAGGGCUUGUCAAUGGUGUAAAGAGCAAUACAGGUUCGAACCAGAAGUCCACCUCUGGAGCUCCCCCUGGACCACCUUUCUAUGUUGACCUUGCCUACAUUCCAAAUCACUGCAGUGCUAAAAAUGUAGACCAAGAAUUUUUCAAACGGGUGCGUGCUGCUUACUAUGUAGUGAGUGGAAAUGACCCAGGCAGCGGAGAACCAAGCCGUGGAGUACUGGAUGCGCUGCUUGAAGGCAAAGCACAGUGGGGAACCAAUCUACAGGUGACAUUGAUCCCUACCCAUGACACGGAGGUGACUCGUGACUGGUACCAGCAGACUCACAAGAAGCAACAGGAUCUGAACAUAAUGGUCUUGGCUAGUAGCAGCACAGUUGUUAUGCAAGAUGAGUCUUUCCCUGCCUGCAAAAUAGAAUUUUAGGCAUGCUUUACAUUUAGGGACACAUAAAUUCUCAUUAUUAAUUAAGACUAAUUAAGACAGUGUAUUCCUUACCACCCACAGUGUUGCAUCCCACUGACUGCCAUUUAUAGUUUGUAUCUUAGCCUGCAACAGCAGCAGAUCCUUGUGCUCCAAGGCCUUACUUAUAAUCUUUGGUUUAGAAUCCUAAUUUAUGUUGUGUGCUAUUUCAUUGGGCUUGCAAGACCUAGGCAAAAACUGUGAGGUUAAUUUAAUAGAGAUUGUGGCAAAAGUCUUUAGUUUGUUGUAUAAUUAGUUUAUUCCCAUAUUCCCAAUGGUGAUCUUUUAGAGACAUGCUCACAUUCAGAUGCCCUAAAUAUGAAUUUUAAGCACAAAAUACCCUCUGCAUUUUAUUACUAUUUAACAUCAAACCACUACUUUCUUCAUCAUCAAAGUUAACAUGCUUUGUUACACAAUUAUGGUAACAUUAAUCUAGAAUGAAUACAGGAUCCUAUAGGAGUAAUUUGUCUGCAGAAAUCUAAUAACCCUCUAUUUCAGACAACAAAACUGAGAAAAAGUGUGAGUAAGGUAUCAAGAGAGUGUAUAUAGAAGUUUAAAUAUCAAAGACUUAAGUCAUGCUAUUCUGAAAAGGCACAUACUCUGCACAUACCAGCAAAAACAAGCUAGCAACCAGCCAACAGACAAGCAAACAAAAAAUGUAAAGCGUAUGCAAGUGCCAAAUCUAAAUUCUAUAUUACCACAGCUAACAGACUCUGUUAAACCUAUUCUUAGAGAUGAAUCCAAACUUUUGUCUUGCUCAUAAAUUGUGACCGGGGGUUGUAGAUGUAGUAUGUUCGUGCCUUUAUGGAUAUGGCACUGUAGAUGACCAGCAGCUUUGUAGUAUUUGGCUGACUCGUAUAUACCUGUUGUGGGUGAUGUAAAAAAAAAAAAAAAAUCAAGAAAAGCUGUUAAGAAUUGAAAUCGGUUAACAGUGUAAAAGGGUUAUACAUUGGUUUUAGUCUAAUUAAUGCAUGAUGCUUGUGCAGCUUAGGUUUCUUUUAAGAAGGUUCAGUAUUUAAGGGUUUUGCUUUUAUAAUUUAAUGAUUCUUUGUGUAUUCCCCGAUUUUACAUAAGAAUGACUUGUGAUAGUGUCUAUGAUACAUUAUUUGCCAAUUUUUUAAUUUUCAAGAGCUCAGAUGAGGUAUUGAGUUCAGGAGUAUCUUUGUAUGGUUCAGCACAAUGUUCUGAUUCUGAUAAUCCUUUUAAGGCAACACUUACACAUUGUUUAAAGCCAGAAACAUUCAUUAGCUUUGAUUUGAAUGGAGGUGACAGUGGUUUAUGUAGCAGUACAUGUGACUGUGUAAAUGAUGGCUUGCAUAAGAAGUGAGCAUUAUUUCACCUAUACAUUGUGGAAAUGGAGAGCAUGGGCCCCUGUCGUGUGCCUUCUGCGUUAACCAUUUAGAAACAGAAUAAGGGUUUACAGAAGAAUGCAGAAACACUUUAAAUCACAUGGAAAAUGAACAGCACUUUGGAACAUUAGCCAGAUUUUGAUGAGGAGGAAUUAAAAGUCUUUAGUAGUCUUAUACCAGAUGUACAGUGACACAUAGUGGACUGUCUUAUUCUAAAGUGUAUCCCAAACAAUGCAAAAUUAUUAAAAAAAAAACAAAAACAUUAUUUUGCACAGAGAAGGAUAGCAAUUUUUUUUAAUGUGAAAAAGAGCCAUUAAAACAAAGAUGUAUGGGUAGAUAAAAUGCAUGUAAAUAUUUACAUAAAUAACAUUGGGAUUAUUAGGCUAUUUUAAUUAAAUAGAAAUAUUUAUUGAUGAGAACUGAUGCACUUCUAAUAUUUACUGAAGCUUGAAUAUAACAUAGUUGACUGAAUCUCGUAUGGCAUCCUAAAUGUAUGAUCAUGUAUAAUUGUGUGUCUGUUAUACAAUGGGUUUUAAGGCCAGUCUGUGUAUAUACAUUCAGUGAGUGAAUUGGAAGUCGUGGAUUGAGUACAAAUAAUUUACAAACCGUAGAGCAACAUAACUAAUAUAAAUUGUUUGAAUUAAAUUAAUUUUACUUAUAUUCAUUCGACAGCUUCACUAUUACCUUUGUUUUUACCUGGUUUUGUUGAUGUGAUUAUCAUGUUUAAUUUUCUAAAACACAAUACAAAUGUCUCUAUGUCUCUAUGUUAAUGUAUAUGUCAAAGUAAAUGCUUACUCAGUCUGUUAAUUUUUAAAUUUGUAAAAAAAAAAAAAAAAAAAAGCCAGCUAGUGUUAUAUUCAUAUUUACUGUUGUGGUACUUACUGUUUGCAGAACAGACUGAGAUUAAGUCAGGGACUGUGUAUGAAAGAUUUAAGUCCUAAUUCCUGUGACAAACAAUUUGCUGCAAUUUUGUUAUAAGCUUCUAAAUCCCUUUGAACUAUCUUUUUGUGGUAAAUUUUUAUGCCGGUUUCUUCACUGAAACAAAGCCAAGCUAAUAUUACAGCACCUGGGAUCUUAAAAUGAACAAUUAAGUUCAUGUCUUAAUUGUUAAUUUCAGACAUGUAUGAUUCAGUAUUAUGGACUGCAAUUGAAAUCGUAUUUUGUUUCAAGGUGAGUUUUUAAAUGGAAAUUGAUUUUUUUUUUUAGAUUUUUACAGGAAUAGUGUCAUUGUGUUCCUGGAAGGUUAAAGCUCAGAGUCCAAAGCAAUGAAAUUACCUCUGGUCCUGUCAACCUCAUAAAUGACAUAAGCCUAAAUGACUGAAACUGCUCUCUAAUCCCAACAUAAACAUAUAACUAUACACCAAGGACAAUAUGUAUUUUUGAUAGGCGAACUGUACUAAAAAUGGGAUUGUGUACUGUAUGUUCAUAGGUAUGGAUAUAUUUUAAUAUUUGGCCUUAGGAAAAAGUACUGUCUGGUCAUGCUGAUUAUGUGUGAUUGCUGUGCACAGAACUCUGUGCAAUGUAUGCACUAACUUCAUAUUAUUGAAUGUAUAAGUUGCUUUGCUGGAUGCUGCUUGGACAAAACAAAGAGCUAGCAAAUAUACAUAUGGUACAGUGAACUCUGAGCGAAAUGGUGACAAGACUGUGAUAAGUUUAUAUGUAAAAACAUAACUGUAAACUCAUUCAGAUAUUACCGAUUUCAGUAAUGAUGCAUUACUCUGUCCAUACCAGAUGACUGAAAAUCAUACAAACUACAGUUGCAAGGUUUUCUUCUCCUGAAUGACUUGAAUUGUACACGACAAAAUCUAAAGAACAGUGCAACCUCUCUGCUUACGUACACUUGUAGACACCAAUCAAAAUAGCAAAUGGCUACAAACUUACUCUUGUGAAGCGUUUUCAUUUUGGACAGUUUUAGCAUCAGUGAAAUUUUACUUUGCAAAAAGCAAAAACAGACUUCAGAAAUAAAGUACCUGUUUUGGUUCAGUUCCAUACUCCUGAGUCCAUUCUCCAAAAUGAAUGGCUCUAUCAGCCCAUACAUCAUGCCAACGCAUCAGUUUCUGCAUGUGAUCUUAUUAGUUAUAAUCCUGAAUGUACUUCUUUAAUAACUAAAACAAGAACACUAUUUUAAAAGGUAUAUUUGAACAAGCUAAUUGUCUUAUAGUACUGAAAUAUGCAUAUUAUUGGGCUUUGCUUCUGUUUGCCCUAAGAUGUUGUUGAGAAGAUGCUGUGAUAGUUCAUGUUUUUUGCUGCUGUAUGUGUCUUAAUUCCAUUCCUCUUUAGUGCAAUAUAACAACUGAGCUCUUUCAAAUCCAAACACAAACUUAGAUUUCUGCUUACUGUAAAACAGAACCAUCCUAGUCAUCAUGAAUAAUAAUAAUAAAAAACAUACUUAAAUUCUAA